CUGGAAUGUUGACAUCAAAUUAUCCUCUCUUGUCCAGCAAUUACCCCCCGAGUUCGACCUGUUCAAGAUAUCCUCGUGCAGCUAAACUCCCAGUUGCUCUCGUCAGAGUCUGCGCGGCCUCGCAGGCAACCAUGCGCCGUCCUCAAACACAUUCGACUUAGGCGGCUCACACGUCCACUUUGAUACAGCAAAGGGCACAACAGACAUUGCUUUCUCCAACGGUGCUGCCCUCAUUCAUACUCCAGCCGCCGCCUCCGUACGCCGAGCUCAUAGCGCGGCUCUAUGGAGAGGAUGAACACUGCUGCUGUCGCGAGACCGCCCCAAACUCUCCGACAGCGACGCGAGUCGCAACGACCAUCACAACUGAAGACUGCCCGCAACGGAGGCUUGGAGAAUGGCGAUACAUCGAGUAGAGCUGAAGCCACUUCGGUGCCUUACGUCAAGGACGACCAAUAUAUCCUCCGGAAGUUCCAAGGCUUGCCUCCUUCCCUCGUCGUCCAUCUCUAUCCUUCAUACUUUCGCAUCGAUCCAAUUCCUGAAUCUUUCGGCUAUGAUUCGCCUAUGAAGGGCUUCCUGCAGCACAUCCGAGAUCACACAUUACCACAUGACAUAUUAGAGGAGAUAUAUGAAUUGAACGCUCCGUUCUACGAAGGUUGUCUGAUCGUCCAAAUCCAAAAUCACAAGUCUAUCAGCAACAGCCGACCCAAGAAAGGCCCAGCUAAGACUGAGAGUGAUGGCGUCAAGACAUUCUCCCUUCAUAACAGAACCCAGUUCACGACUCCCUCUCCCUUUGUUCCCUUUGACAGUAAGCCUAAUGCGCCGCAGCAGAACAAUGUGAAUGGUUCGAAUUCCGAGGGUGCUGGCAGUGAAAAUGCUGCGGAGAAGGAGAAGGAGAAGGAGAAAGAGAGGGAAAGCAUGCCAGCUCCGCAGACAGCACAGCAAAAGGCAGCAAGUAACGAGCCCAAGAUCUACACAGUCGUCCUGCAUCCAACUGGGCUUUCCAAGCAAGAGGACAUGCGCUUGCGAAUGACGACCCAUGUGUUUGAUUCGAGCACCCUUCGCCGACAGCAAAAUGGGAACCGUACUGCUGCGACGCCAACUAUGGCGCAACCCCCGACACCGCUGACAGCCUUCUCUCCUACACUGUCCCAAGGCAAGGGAUCCAACAAAGGCAGCCGUCCUCCGAAGACUCAAGCAGAAGUGUAUGCGUACGAAGCAGAAGUCAUCCUGCGGACGUCUGAACAGUUAUAUCUUGAGCCGACCGCAACUUUUGAAGAGUCUCAACAACUAAUAGACGACUUUACACACCCUAAUUACAAGCAUCCACCGCCUCCUCCCCGAAAGCGAAAGAGAACUGUUGCCGAACUGGCGGCGGACGAUGCUGCGGCAGCCGCUCAGCAACGUUAUAUGCUCAUUGGAGACGACCGCAAGGCAACGACUACUACUGUGGCUACAGACGACGACGACGAAGUUCAACUUGGCGUGCGUGGAGGCAGCGCUGCCUUUGCCCCGCAGUUCUCAAGGUUCAAGACGCUCGAGAAUAUCAGAGCCGCCCAUGAAGAGAACGAGAGGAGAAAGAAAGAGGAGGAGGCCAGAGCAGCCCAGACUCGCAAAGAACAACAGGAGCAGAAGAAGAUUGCAGACGCAGCGGAACAACAACAGCGUAAUGAACAGUUGGCACGUCAACAACAACAAGCUCAAUUGCAAGCACAGCAGCAACAGGCACAACAGGCGCAAGCACAACGAGAGCAACAACAACAGCAACAGCAGCAGCAACAGCAACAACAGCAGCAGCAGCAACAACAACAACAGCAGCAGCAGCAGCAGCAGCAGCAACAGCAACAACAUCAACAACAGCAACAACCACAACAUCAACCACAUCAACAACAUCAACAACAACAACAGCAGCAACAACAACAACAACAACAGCAGCAACAGCGAGGGCAGGCACAACAAGAAGCACAAGCAGUCCGCCAAGCUCAAGCCCGUGCUGCGCAUCAUCUCCACGCUCAACGUCAACAAGCAGCAUCACCUCAAAACCCCCAGGCACAAGCCAUGUCUCACGCCGCGCAACUCGCAAACCAGUCACAGCAGCAAUUCAAUGGGUCUCAAGGUCAACAGGGUUCACCUAUCGUGCGUCACCGUACCCCGUCGGCCUCUUCACCUAAUCUUGCCUCUACCUCACACCCCAUGGCCGCGCCCAUGGCUGCCACAACUUCAAGUAUGGGAGCUGGAAGUCCACAGAGACCGCCUUCAGCUGUUUCACAUCACCCUGGUGCCACUCCUCAGAUCGGCAUGGUUCGGCAGGCAAGUCAGAACCAAGGGCCAAGUCGGAACGGUACGCCGCAAUUGGUGCAAAACACGCCAAACAUGAACGCUGCGGUGCCAGCGAAUGGCGGCCGGAUCAUGACUCCACAGCCGGGCCGUGUAAAUGCGCAGGGCAGUCCAAUGGCCGGCGGACCGGUCAUGAUAAACCCACAAUCGCAAGCUUUCGCACAGAUGUCUCCCGAGCAGCAGCAGCAGCAUAUGAUGAUGCUCCAGCAACAGCAGCGUCGCCAGGUAGCAGCCCGCCAGGCCGCGAUGGGUAACAUGGCAGGAUCUACGCAAGCCCAGUAUAUGGCAAUGCGGCAGAGGCUCGGCCAGCUCCAGCUCCAAGCGCAACAACAGCCCGAGAAUCAGGGCAUCAUGCUAGCAAUUCAACAAGUCCAAAACCAGAUGAGAGUGAUACAGCAGCAGCAUAAUCAACAACAACAACAGCAACAGCAGCAGCAGCAGCAGCAGCAACAGGGGCAGCCACAGAUGUCACACUCUCCCAAUCCCGGUCAGAUGAAUGGUGGCGUGCAAAUGCGUCCACAGAACUCUCAAAACCCAACGAUGAUGAAUCUAGCCCUGCAACAAAACGGCAAUCCUGUGACUGCCCAGCAGCUGCAAGACUUCAAGAUAAGAAUGCAAACACAAUAUCCUGACGGCAACUAUCCCCCACAGAUUGCCAACAACCUCAACCAAGCUGACCAGCAACUUCGGAUCAUGGCGAACAACCGUGCCCGCAUGGUCUCGGCCCAGAACCAAGGCAUGCAGCCAGGCAUGGGUCAGCAGGGCAUGCAGAACCUCAACGCCAUGCCGAACAUGAACGGCAUGAACGGGGGAAUGAACAUGAACAAUAUGACUGGCAUGAACAACAACAUGACCGGCAUGAACGGCAUGGUCGGCAUGCCCAGCCAACAGGGCGGCAACAUGAACGCGCAGAACAACAACACGCACAUGACAACGUACGCGCGCAUGCUCCACCAGUCUCAGGAGAACCAGGUGCGCCAACGCAUGAUGAUGGCCCAUCAGCAGCAGCAACAGCAGCAGCGCCAGCAACAGGGUCUCGGGCCUACUAACAUGCAGAACGGCGGCAGCAUGCAGGGCAUGGGCGGUAGCGGUGGUAGUGGUGGUGGUGGUGGCGGCGGCGGCGGCGUCGUCAACAUGGGCGGUAUGGGUGCUCAGAUGCAGAUGGCCCCGGGCCAAAUGAAUCCCCAGCAGAUGCAGCAGGCCAUGUUGCAGAUGCGUAUGCAGCAGCAACAGCAACAACAACAACAGCAGCAGCAGCAGCAGCAGCAGCAUCAAAACAACCAAGGCGGUCAAAACGGCAUGGGAUGAUCCGGAGGGGAUUGAUUGAUUGCAUGCAUGCAUGCAUACAUACAUGCGUGAGUUGGCAUGAUACAUGCGCUGCGCCAAACAAAGUCAUCAUCAUAUACCCAGGCGUUUUUUUGUUUUUCUUUGGAGCGCUUUGCGUUGGGAAUGAACCCUCUCUCUUGGACUGUGUGUGUGUGUGUAUCAUCACUAUGGUAUUUUCGGGCUGGGAAUGAAUGAGCUUCUUAUUUGAAGAGCGGGUGGGC